AUGGACAGUCCACAUCGCCCCUCGAGCGCAGAAAACGUCAGUCCUGACGAAGAGAAGGAAAAGCCAUGGAAGUACAUUGGCUAUAAAGUCUUCUCUAGAUGGGUCGCGUCCGAUCCGUCGUUCUUCGUCAUUCGCCGGUUUGGUACCUUGAAUGCGCGAGUUGCCUUAUCACUCCAGAAUGAAAUCGUGCAACUAGAAGAGCGAUUGGAUCAUCUGGAUAAGUUUUACAGCGAUCGUGGAACAGAUGAUAUUCACAACGGCACCUUCCAGCCUUUCUCCAAUGUCAAAGACGAUCGACUUGAAUUAGUGAGAAGAACACUUCCUGAGAAGCUCGCGACAUACAAUUCAUUCCUCAAUGGCUAUUCGCAACUUGUCUCUCGUGGACCCUGCAAAGCGGACGAUAUCUCGCUCGUACGUCGUUGGCUUAGGAUAAUCAGACCAACAGCCAUCGACAUAAAGGAAGCCGAGUAUAUUGACCACGACGAUGACUUGAUCUCAAUCCACCCCAAGAUGAAAUCCCCGGGUCGCAAUUUCUUGGAAAGAGUUGCAUUUGGCGGCGGUCGUUUCAAUCGUAACGGUAUUCCUUGGUUAAGGUACUGGUUCUCCAGGGAAGCGCCAAAAAACAUCGUGUCCCUCAGGAACGAGGACACGGUCUGGCCAAAUGACCAAAGAAUGGAGAAGGUCUCAUCCGUGGUUAUUUCCAUCGUCGGUCUAGCGAUGUUGAUUGGUCCUCUUUGGAUACUGAAUGCCGUGAAGCCGAUCUUGUAUCGGCUUGCGGUCAUCUCAAGUUUCAUUGUGAUCUUCUUCGUAGUACUCGCUGUUACUCGAUCCCGUUUGUACGAGGCGCUAGCAGCCACAGCAGCAUACUCGGCCGUGUUGGUGGUGUUCCUGCAGUUCAAUUCUUGA